GCUCACAUUUGCAAACCCGAUUAACGGAAAAACUUUCCACCAGGAAAGUACAAAAACCAACCCAAAAAAAAUGAGUAGCUUCUAUUCAAGAUCGAAAUUACCGCAAAUCUCUGACGACGUUCAACACUGCAGUGAAGGAGUACGCCGCGUGAAUCAAGCUGUGUUUAUCUCGCGGGAUCAUCAAUCGCGGGACAGCGAAAAUGAGGAUAGUGAUUCCUGUUCCGUGGCUUCUACUCUAACGAGCGGUACUUUGAAGAUGGCGGAAGGAUACUAUUGCGUGGAUUAUGACUCAGAUUCUAGCACCACAACAACGGUGGCCCAAAUAUUAUCCAACAAGCGGCAAUAUGAUCCCAGGGCCUACGACAAGUGGCUGAAAGCUAAAAUCGAGACUGAGCGCAAGCGCAAAGAGAGUGAACGAAUGCGACAACGCCGCGAGGAAGCUAAGAAGAAAAUGGAAGCAGAAAAACGGAAAUUGGAAAGCGAAGAAAAACUAAAACGAUGGAUGGAACGAAAAGAACAGGAAGAACAAAAGAAGAAGAAGCAACAGGAAAAGAAAAAGGGAAAUGGCCAAGAAAAAAGCAUUACUGACAAAAAGUGGUUACCCAACGAUGAAAGUGUUACAAACUUUAACGUAUGGUUGAGCCGAGUGAAGCAGCAAGAGGAACAAGCGAAACUGCGCCAACUGGCCAAGCAACGUAUCGAGGAAGAAUUCAAAAACCAGCGACAGGACCUAUCCAAAAUGUUCUACGACGAGUGGCUCAAAUCGGUCAAGGAUAAACCCAAACCGGUUCCGCUGAACCGUGGAACGGAAAGCCUGCGUGGCACGAUUUCAAAAAUUUUCAUCAAUCCUAACCCGUGGCAGGUGACAACCGAUUAGAGGCUCAAAUCCUCUUGACAGUUGUUUAAUAGCGUCAAUCGUUAAUGAUUAUUAAAUGCACCGCCUACUGUUGUUCUUGAGAGACAAUAAA